AAUUUUGUUCGAAAUAUUAGCUGAUGACAAUUGAAAAUAAUCGACUAUUAGCCGAAUGUUUGAUACCAAACUCGAUACUUACAGAAACGGACUUAAUGUUUGUUUCUUUUCAAAAAUUCGUAUAGGAAUACAUGACGGAUAUCGAAGAAAUACGCAGCCAAACAUCGUUAUCGAGCGCGAUCAUUCAACUCGAGAUUCCGUGUAUAACGUAUUAUUACAUAGUGGUAUGGUCAAGCAUCGAGUUUAUGUAUGCACCUUAUACGUAUAAUCGCGUAGUAGAUGCAUGGUAUUUAUGUAACGUAUGCCUGUCGUGUGUAGUGGAACGCGCAGUAUAGUUUCGUGAUACAGAAGUAAAUCGAUCAAUUGGACGGAUUUGAUUUCCCCAAGAAAAAAAACAAGUUAUCCGUUUGGCCCUGGCGUAAAAAAAGUCGUUUAUGUUAAAACGAAAAUCGACGAACCGAAUUAACAGAUUUUGGUUUGCGUGUUCUGUUUCACGGAUGAAAUGUGUAAUCUACGCUAGCAAAGCGUAGUAAAUGGAAGAUUUUAGAAUGCAACAUGAACCAAUGGAUGCAUUAAACAUAGACUGUCAGGUUAUGGACGAAAACAUUGUAAGCGUUGUACUUAAAGAAGAACCUGGUGACAGAUUUGAUCCAGACUACAUGGAGGACAUCUGUUCCGGGACAUUCGAGAAGGUAUUUUUACCUAUCGAAAAUAACGAAGUUGACUUUUCUAAUGAAAUGGUAAAAUUAGAAUUAGAUGGUGAAUCUAGCACUCAUCAGAACUGGACAACCCAACUUGCUAACACGAAUUUAUGCGACAAAGAAGAUGGAGCUAUGCAAAGAUGCCUGACGAACGCAAAUUUUGCCCAAGUGCAAGAUACCGAAAAACAUUCUAAUUUUUGUUCAAACGGGCAGCAGCCCAAGUUUUAUAAAAUACAAUGUUCAAUUUGCAAGAAAUGGUUUUUAAACAAUGAUUCGAUGGUUACUCAUUUGAGAAUGCACUGCAGUGGUAGUCAAUGCGAGGUGUGCCAGCAAAAUUUUCAGGACAGUUCCAGUUUACAUGCUCACAUGUUAACACACGUUGGUAUGAGCCCUUUGGAAUGCAAUGUCUGCCAAAAACGAUUCGCUUACAAGUGGUGUUUGCGUAAUCAUAUGCAAAUGCACGUACUGGAGAAACCAUACGAUAACGACGCGUUACAACAAACGUUUAUGAAGCGGCUGGAUUCCGAAAACGACCAGUCGAUGAGCGGUGAAGAUAGAAUAAUUGAGUGCGAUGUUUGCCACGCGACGUUUAAAGAAAAAUCUAGUCUGAAUCGGCAUGUGCUUACUCACACAGAAGAGAGGCCGUAUAAAUGCGACAUAUGCUUUGCAACGUUUAGGGAAAAGGCAAAACUGAAUAUGCAUAUGACGCUGCAUGGCGGGAAUAAACAGUUUAAAUGUACAAUGUGUCAUAGAUCGUUUGCGCAAAAAACGGCGCUGAACAAUCACAUGCUGGCUCACAGCGGCGAAAAGCCCCAUGCAUGCAAUAUCUGUGAGAAAACGUACAAACGAAAGUCGGAAUUAAUAAGGCAUACGAUGGUCCAUACCGGCGAAAGACCGUACGAGUGCAAAGAAUGCCUAAUGACAUUUCGAGAGAAAGCAAAAUUAAAUUCUCACAUGCUUGUGCAUACAGGUGAGAAACCACACGAGUGUCACAUAUGUCACAAGGCGUGUGCGCGGAAAUCCGAUCUUAAUAGCCACAUGUUACUACACACCGGCGGCCAAUACGAUUGUAAAGUUUGCGAUAAAAUAUUUACUCGUAAGUCGGAUUUAAAUCGGCACACGUUGAUACACACGGGCGAGAAACCAUUUGCUUGCGAGCUGUGCGACAUGGCCUUUAGAGAAAAGACUAGACUGAAUUCUCAUAUGCUUAUACACACCGGCGACAAAAGACACGCGUGUCACAUUUGUCAGAAAACAUUUAAAGAGAAGUCUUCGUUACGGAAACAUAUGUUGAGUCACACCGGCGACAGACCAUACGAAUGUUACGUGUGUCACAAAGCAUUUACCCAAAAAACGACAUUAAACAGCCACAUAUUGGUACACGCAGGGGAGAGACCAUACGAGUGUAGUGCGUGUCAGAAAAUAUUUAAGGACAAAGCAACAUUGAAAAAGCAUUUGUCAAUGCACAUAAACGAAAAAACUCACGAAUGCCUGAUCUGUUUAAAAAAAUUUGCCCACAAAGCUGCGUUAAAUAGUCAUUUAUCAACAAAUCAUACGUCUUAAUUUGAGGGAUCUAGUCCAUUGUUUUUCAGCUUUUAGUUUCUUUUUAUCAAGCACCUGUAUACAUUUAUAUAAGUGGUCGCCAACUCGUAAUUCGCGACAACAAAUUUGGUCGCUUGCGUUAGUUUAUAUACGUUUUUAAAUAUUGUAAAAAAGUCACCUUUUUGUUUAAAAAAGAAUUCCCUCCUUUUUUGUCAUGUUAAACCUUUUGUUAUUUGUCAUUUACAUAUUUAUGCAUAUGUGUAUUUCUGAUAUACAUAUAGAUAUAUGAAAGGAAACAAAGAGCUACUAUAUAAAUUUCAUAAUUCUACGUAAGUUAAUCGUUGAAAUCUUAUAAUUAGUACAUGUGUAUAUUAAUUAUAAGAUUUGUAUAUAUUUAAAUUAUGGGAUUUAUAUAGUAGCUUUUAUAUUUUCCAAGGUUGGUGGCCACUGUUAUAUUUGUAGCUGCGUAAAGGCGGUUACGAGUACAUGCAUCUGUUUUAUAUGCUCACUGAUUCAAACAGUCGCAUUCUUUCUUGUAUAUCUUUACGUACAAUAAAUUAAUUUCUAAUUA